AUGUCGCCAAGCUUAGCUUUGAUAUGCAUGGCAUUAGUUAUUGGGUGCUCAGCCGAAACCCUCAUUUUCCAAGACGACUUCAAAACCCUUGACUUCAGGGUGUGGAGGCACGAAAUCACCAUGUCAGGUGGUGGUAACUGGGAAUUCGAGUGGUAUGUCAACAACCGUUCCAACAGUUAUGUAAAGAACUCCACUCUCUACAUCAUGCCAACUAUGACUGAAGACGCCAUUGGGAUGACCACAUUGCAGUCUGGAGACGUUAAUAUCUGGGGAGGCAGUCCUGCUGAUGCUUGCACAGGUAACCAGUUCUACGGAUGUGAAAGAAACGCUGCUGCGUCUGGAAAUGUUAUUAAUCCAGUAAGGUCAGCAAGGCUGAGAACAGCUGACACUUUUAAGUUCAAAUACGGAAGAGUUGAAGUCAGAGCAAAAUUGCCUAGAGGGGAUUGGCUUUGGCCUGCCAUUUGGAUGCUUCCAAAUUACAACUCUUAUGGAGGAUGGCCAGCAUCUGGAGAAAUCGAUAUCAUGGAGUCUCGUGGAAACGCACCAUCUUAUCCUGCAGGUGGGAAUAAUCAAUUUGCUUCUACUCUUCACUGGGGGCCUGAUUGGGCUAAUAAUAAGUAUCCAUUAACCCACAAGGAAUAUAAUAACCCUACAUCUCUUGCAGAUGAUUUCCAUGUCUAUGGACUUUACUGGUCUAAGGACAGACUUUAUACUUAUUUUGAUACUCCAAGUAAUAUUGUUUUGGAUGUCGAUAUGACCAAGAUUAGCUUCUGGCAAAGAGGAAACUUCCCAACUAAUUUCAAUAACCCUUGGGCUGGUGCAGGGCUUAAUGCUCCUUUUGAUCAGGAAUUCUACUUCACUCUUAACGUGGCUUGUGGAGGAACUUCAGGAUACUUCCCUGAUGGCGUUGGAGGCAAGCCAUGGUCUGAUACCGAUCAGCACUCUGUAGACUCUUUCUGGAACAACCGUGGUGCUUGGCAGCCAACCUGGAGUGGUGAAGAUGCCGCACUCAAAAUCGAUUACAUCAAGGUCUGGAGUCUUGAUAAUGCUGCUGAAGAAUAA